GCCCAGCCUCAGUGGCGGGCGCCGCAGCUCCGCUUCUCCCAGGCCUCCGCCCGGCGCAGGUAGAUCGGCCCGUGGGGGGCGGGAAUACUUGAGAGCUGUGGUGCAGGCUGGUAGCUGCAGCCUCCUGGAGCGGAGUGGUCCCCAACGCCCAAGUGCCCCGGUCGGGUCCGGGCCCGGUGAACCCGGCUGCGGGCAGGGCCCCACAGGUUUCACGGGCUACCACCGGACCCCUUCCUGAGCCGGCAGCAUGCACGGGCGCCUGAAGGUGAAGACAUCGGAGGAACAGGCGGAGGCCAAAAGACUAGAGCGGGAGCAGAAGCUGAAGCUAUACCAGUCAGCCACCCAGACUGUCUUCCAGAAGCGCCAGGCUGGUGAGCUGGAUGAGUCAGUACUGGAACUGACAAGCCAGAUUCUGGGAGCCAAUCCUGACUUUGCCACCCUUUGGAACUGUAGACGAGAGGUGCUCCAGCAGCUGGAGGCCCAGAAGUCCCCUGAGGAGUUGGCCACUCUGGUGAAGACAGAACUAGGCUUUCUGGAGAGUUGCCUGCGGGUGAACCCCAAGUCCUACGGUACCUGGCAUCACCGCUGCUGGUUGCUGGGCCGCCUGCCAGAACCCAACUGGGCCCAAGAGCUGGAGUUGUGUGCCCGCUUCCUUGAAGUUGAUGAGCGGAACUUUCACUGCUGGGAUUACCGGCGGUUCGUGGCUGCACAGGCAGCUGUGCCUCCUGCAGAGGAGCUAGCCUUCACUGACAGCCUCAUCACCCGCAACUUCUCCAACUACUCCUCUUGGCAUUACCGCUCCUGCCUCUUGCCCCAGUUGCACCCCCAGCCAGAGUCUGGACCACAGGGACGCCUCCCUGAGGAUGUGCUACUCAAAGAGCUGGAGCUAGUGCAGAAUGCCUUCUUCACUGACCCAAAUGAUCAGAGUGCCUGGUUCUACCAUCGCUGGCUCUUGGGACGAGCUGACCCUCAAGAUGCCCUGCGCUGUCUGCACGUGAGCCGGGACGAGGCCUGUCUGACUGUCUCCUUCUCUCGGCCGCUCCUAGUGGGCUUUGGGACGGAGACCUUGCUGCUUAUGGUUGAUGAGUCACCCCUGGCUGUGCAGUGGAGGACACCAGAUGGCAGGAACUGGCCCAGCCCUGUCUGGCUCUGUGACCUGCCUGCCACCUCCCUCAACGACCAAUUGCCCCAGCAUUCAUUUUGUGUCAUUUGGAUGGCAGGCAAUACCCAGAAGGAAUGUGUGCUUUUAAAAGGCUGCCAGGAGGGCUGGAGCCGGGACUUGGCCGUGGAUGAGCAGCUCUUCAGGUGUGAGCUGUCGGUGGAGAAGUCCACAGUGCUGCAGUCUGAGCUUGAAUCCUGUAAGGAGCUGCAGGAGCUGGAGCCUGAGAAUAAAUGGUGCCUGCUCACCAUUAUCCUGCUGAUGUGGGCGCUGGAUCCCCUACUGUAUGAGAAGGAGACACUGCAGUACUUCCAGACCCUCAAGGCUGUGGACCCAAUGCGUGCAGCAUACUUGGAUGACCUCCGCAGCAAGUUCUUGCUGGAGAACAGCAUGCUCAAGAUGGAGUAUGCCGAGGUGCGCGUGCUGCACCUGGGUCACAAGGAUUUGACAGUGCUCUGCCAUCUGGAACAGCUGCUCUUGGUCACUCAUCUUGAUCUGUCGCAUAAUCGUCUCCAAGCCCUGCCCCCUGCCCUGGCCGCUCUGCGCUGCCUUGAGGUGCUGCAGGCUAAUGAUAAUGCCAUCGAGACCCUGGACGGUGUCACUAACCUGCCCCGGCUGCAGGAGCUCUCACUGUGCAACAACUGCCUCCAGCAGCCUGCAGUGCUCCGGCUUCUUGCCUCCUGCCGUAGGCUGGUCCUCCUCAACCUGCAAGGCAACCCCCUGUGUGAAGCAGUGGGCAUCUCUGAGCACCUAGCUGAGCUCCUGCCUUCUGUCAGCAGCAUCAUCACCUAAGAGACCCUUCCCUACUGUUCCCCUUUAAUUUAUCAGCACUGAAUAAACAAUGGAGAGGCCCCCUCA